UUGGGCUCUAAAACGCAACGUUUAAUAAGAUCUAAAGCCGACGGGUGAAGAAAGAUGUUGUGAAUUAACGGUCGGAGAUGGACAAUCUAGAGGAACAAACCAAGAAAGUUAAUCCAACAGCAAAACAAGAACAAGUGGUGGUGGUGGAGCCACAAUCUGACAUGGCAGCCGCGAUGAACGGAGUGGCAGCGGCGGCUCUCCGGUCAGUGCUUCAGCGGGUUCAGCAGGCAGCGGAGCGAUCUGGUCGCGGGGCCCAGCAGAUUAGAGUGGUGGCAGUUAGCAAGACGAAACCGGUGUCUUUAAUCCACCAAGUGUAUGAUGCCGGUCAUCGGUGUUUCGGGGAAAACUAUGUUCAGGAGCUCGUUGAAAAAGCUCCUCAGCUUCCUGAGGACAUAGAGUGGCAUUUUAUUGGGAAUUUACAGAGUAAUAAGGUCAAACCUUUAUUGGCUGCUGUACCAAAUCUUGCUGUGGUAGAGAGUGUUGAUGAUCAAAAGAUUGCCAAUCAUCUUGAUCGUGCAGUUGGAAAUUUGGGGAGGAAACCUUUGAAGGUCUUGGUCCAAGUAAAUACCAGUGGUGAAGAAUCAAAAUAUGGUGUUGAGCCUGCAGGGUGUGUGGAACUUGCAAAACAUGUUACUCAGAGUUGCCCAAACCUUGAAUUUUGCGGCCUAAUGACAAUAGGGAUGCUUGACUAUUCAUCAACCCCUGAAAACUUCAAGACAUUAGCAAACUGCAGAAGUGAGGUUUGCAAGACCCUCGGUAUACCAGAAGAACAGUGUGAGCUCUCAAUGGGAAUGUCUAAUGACUUUGAGCAAGCUAUUGAAAUGGGGAGUACCAAUGUGAGAAUUGGAUCUACUAUUUUUGGGCCUAGAGAAUAUCCCAAGAAGAAAUGAAAGAAGGUUGUUUGCGUCCUUUCUACUGUCUUGAGCUUGAGAUCCCGACCAUCUUUCAUUGAUCUUUCAGGGAAAAGCACACUGGGCUGGCUUUAUGCUAUUUGAUAGCUGUUUUAUUUGUAAUAUGAACAGCGAAAUAAUAUUCUCUAUCCACAAUUUUAGUAUAUUGCACAUUGAGUAAUCUCCAUGGCGAAUGAUCAUUUUGAA